AUGAAAGGAGAACAAGGAUCAACUCUGUCCCAGAAACAAUCUGAUGGGAAAUCGGUAGUGAUGGACUUGAUGCAGUUUAAGGAACUGGAUGCCCAUGCACUGAAGGUAUGCUAUCUCUUAUUGUGAUAUAUACAGUGUGGAAUUAUAGUCCUGUAAGGAAUCUGCUUAGGGACGCAGGUUGCGCUGUGGGUUAAACCACAGAGCCUAGGACUUGCCGAUCAGAAGGUCGCCUGUUCGAAUCCCUGCGACAGGGUGAGCUCCCGUUGCUUGGUCCCUGCUCCUGCUAACCUAGCAGUUCGAAAGCAUGUCAAGUGCAAGUAGAUAAAUAGGUACUGCUCCGGCGGGAAGGUAAACAGCGUUUCCGUGCACUGCUCCGGUUCGCCAGAAGCGGCUUAGUCAUGCUGGCACAUGACCCGGAAGCUGUACGCUGGCCCCCUCAGCCAAUAAAACGAGAUGAGUGCCGCAACCCCAGAGUCGGCCACGACUGGACCUAAUGGUCAGGGGUCCCUUUACCUUUACCUAAGGAAUUUGCUUAAAGGGACGCGGGUGGUAAAGGGACGCGGGUGGCGCUGUGGGUUAAACCACAGAGCCUAGGACUUGUCGAUCAGAAGGUCGGCGGUUCAAAUCCCCGCGACGGGGUGAGCUCCCGUUGCUCAGUCCCUGUUCCUGCCAACCUAGCACGUCAAAGUGCAAGUAGAUAAAUAGGUACCACUCCGGUGGGAAGGUAAAUGGCAUUUCCGUGCGCUGCUCUGGUUUGCCAGAAGCGGAUUAGUCAUGCUGGCCACAUGACCCGGAAGCUGUACGCUGGCUCCCUCGGCCAAUAAAGCGAGAUGAGCGCCGCAACCCCAGAGUCAGCCAUGACUGGACCUAAUGGUCACGGGUCCCUUUACCUUUACCUAAGGAAUCUGCUAGAAUGCUGAGGUUUUUUUUCAUGUGGAUUUGGAAUUUGAUAGUACAGUGGUACGUUGGUUCUUGAACGUAAUCCAUUCCGGAAGUCCAUUCGACUUCCGAAACGUUCAAAAACCAAGGUGCUACUUCCAAUUGGCGCAGGCGCCCUGGAAACGAUAGUCGACAGCCACAUCAGACAUUCGGCUUCUGAAGAAAGUUUGCAAACCAAAGCAUUUAACUUCUGGGUUUGCGGUGUUCGGGUUCUGAUUUGUUCGUCAACUGAGCCAUUCGAGAACCAAGGUUCCACUGUACCUUCAAGUGUGCUCUCCUGACAGGAGGCAGUGGGGAACAUUGUGAGUCACAAAAGAACAUGCUCCUGUCUUGCACAUGUUCUAACACAAUAGAGCACCUGUUUUCAGGUGUACACCUAUGUACCCAAGAAAAAGGAAAGCUUAAGCAUCUUUCAGAAUACUUUUUACCCAGGGGCAAGUUUUUGUCAAAUUCAAGACAUUAAUUGAUCAAUCAGCUAAAACACAUACAUUUGAUUGACCAGCUGUGCGGUUUUACUCACUGUGUAGCCCCACUGAGUUCGGCAAGACUGACCCUCUUGUAAGUGCCUGUAAAAAUGCACCCCACAUUUUCUUUAAACAAGUGUCAGGCUUAGACAGAAAAAAGGAAUUUGGUACUCCUUAUUCAUGUCAACAGCUCAUGAAUCUAUUUUCCUUUUGUGAAACAGGUGAAUUUCAAGGAUAGUGUGGAAAACCUGGUGAGCGUCUUGCACGAGAAAGCCCACAGUGACCUGGAGAAAGUGCGAGCCAUUUGGAUGUGGAUUUGCCAUCAUAUUGGUAGGUGGGGGUGCCACCUUUUGCAUGUUGGGGUCCCCUUGUCUCUAAACAGCUCCCAGAAUUUAAAGAUCAGCCUGUAUCACAGUCAGGGCCGGAUUUAGGUUUGAUGAGGCCCUAAGCUACUGAAGGUAAUGGGGCCCUUUAUAUGUCCAGCUGUCCUUUGUCAACAACAAAUUGUUGCUGCUUUUUGUGUUGAAUAUAUGCUAUAUGGCAAUUUAUGGACCUAGUAGGUAUCUAAAGCCAUUUGCACAUAACAAAAUAUGUAAUUUAUCAAAGUAAUUGUUGAACUGAAAUACAAUUAAGAAGAAGUAUAUUAAUAGUGAAAUACAAUUAAGAAGAAGUAUAUUAAUAGUGAAAUAAUUAUUCAGCUCUAACUUAAAAUGAUUUUUUAUUCAUAACAAACUUAAUAAUGCAAACACAUUGGCAUUUGGCAAUAACAAAAGUUCCUUUAGAAACACAAUUUACAAAGACUUAUAAUCUAAUAAUUAUAAAUAGCAGAAUGUAGGCACCCUAUAUAUAGAAAUGAGCAAACCAGUGAUAUUUUAGGGAGCAGGCUAGCAGGCGGGGCCCAUUACUUACAUCAUAGGAGCCUACACAACACAAAGCACUGUGGCUGUAUGUAGGUUUUAUUUUAUUUGUUUUUUAUCUUAUAAUUUGGAAAUAUACAUCCAAUUGUGUUUUUCCUUUAAAUUUUUUUGGGCCCCCCCAAGAGAGUGGGGUGCUAAGCUAUACAGUGGUACCUCAGGUUACAGACGCUUCAUGUUACAGACGCUUCAGGUUACAGACUCCGCUAACCCAGAAAUAGUACAUCGGGUUAAGAACUUUGCUUCAGGAUGAGAACAGAAAUCGUCUGCCGCUGGUGGCGCGGCGGCAGCAGCGGGAGGUUAAGAACAGUUUCAGGUUAAGAACAGACCUCCAGAAUGAAUUAAGUUCUUAUCCUGAGGUACCACUGUAGCUUGUUUAGCUUAUACAUAAAUCCAGCACUGAUCACAGUCCUGCCCCCAUGAAUCCAGAUCUCUAGCAGAUAUCCAGUAACACAUUGGGCUUUGAUGGCCAACCAAGGAAGAUGCAUCCAGACUUUCACUUGUCCUGCUGCUUUCCUGCAGGAAAACCCAAUUUUUACUGCUGAAUCAGAGCAAACACCCAUCGGGUUUUCUGUGGAUUGAUGUUUGCUCUGAUUCAGUGUUAAAGCAUGGGCUUUCCCAGGGAAAAUGGCGGGGGAAACAGAAAACCAUUCAGAUCCAUGCUUCCUAGGUAUGGGAAAGGACAAGCAGAAAUGUGGAAUGGAAUACAGCGGUACCUCAGGUUACGUACUUAAUUCGUUCUGGAGGUCCGUUCUUAACCUGAAACUGUUCUUAACCUGAAGCACCACUUUAGCUAAUGGGGCCUCCUGCUGCCACUGCGCCACCAGAGCCCGAUUUCUGUUCUUAUCCUGAAGCACUAUUUCUGGGUUAGCAGAGUGUGUAACCUGAAGCGUAUGUAACCUGAGGUACCACUGUAGCCUUUUGUGUGAGGCUGUUGCAGCCCCUCAUUCACUGUGCAUUGCAGACUCAAAGGCGACAUUUCACAAGUGUCUUUAUUUCUCCAGAAUAUGAUGUGGAAGGCUACCGUAACAGAGAUAAGGCGAGUUAUAAGCCAGCCGAUGUCCUUCAGUCAGGAAAGGCUAUUUGCAGUGGAUAUGCUCAACUCUUUGAAGAAAUGUGCAGGUAAAUCCUAUUACCCCAGCCAUCAUGGGAAGAAGCUUUUACUUGGCAAGGAUGAUGGGAGAUCUUAGAGUAUGCUUCCUCAAACUCAGCCCUCCAGAUGUUUUGAGACUAUAAUUCCCAUCAUCCCUGAUCACUGGUCCUGCUAGCUAGGGACCUUGGGAGUUGUAGGCCAAAAACUUCUGGAGGGUCAAGAUUGAGGAUGCCUGAUCUAGAGAACCACAGGUCCCUGCUCCCGCUAUUUUAUAUUAUGAAUGUUGAAGUAAAAAUGCAUAUGUACAGUUGUAUCAAGUUGGAGUAGAUUCAUUGAAUUCAAUGGAGAAUGACAAACUUGAUUUUAAUGGGUCUCUUCCACACAUGACUUAUUGGGAUAAUAAUACUAAUAAAUACUAAUAUAUAUUACUAAUAUAAUACUAAUACUAAUACUAUUCCAGUCAAAAAAAGGAGUGAAAGCAACCACAAUCCCUUGACUUCUUCUUCUUCUUCUUCUUCUUCUUCUUCGGCGAUGGCUCGUAGUUGAGUAAGAUUGUCUUCCAUAAACAUGGUUUUAACAAUGAGACCAUAAGUGACUGUGGAGGCCAAUUCUGGAUCCACACAUCCUUCCACAAUGGAGACAUUGGUUUCCACGAGGCAGUUGAUCACGGUGUGGAUUUGCCAAGUGUGCCUUCCUCCUAGCACGUUUCUCCCUUGCGUCCUGAGUUCGAGUGUCUUCAAAGCCCAUGACACCUUUGGUAAAGGCUGUCCUCCAACUGGAGCUCUCACAGGCCAGUGUUUCCCGGUUGUCGGUGUUUAUACUACAUUUUUUAAGAUUUGCCUUGAGAGAGUCUUCAAACCUCUUUUGUUGACCACCGGCAUUAUGCUUUCAAACUAUGGGGUUCCUGAGUGUCUUUCUUUAUCCCUCAGAGUUGCAGGGAUACAAUGCAAAUAUUUGGCAGGCCGCUGCAGAAAUGACGACUUUAAAGGGAAGAGCCGCCAUGCCUGGAAUGCUGUUUAUCUUGAUGGAAAGUGGCAUCUUCUAGACUGCACUUGGGCAAGUGGUUAUGUGGAUGACUCCUAUACCAAGUUCACCUUCAGGUAUGUUGUUAGACAACAGAAGGCCCAGCCAAGAGUGUAGGACACAAGUAUAGUUUGCUUCCUUUGCCUUCAGAGGUUGGUUUUUUCAUCAAUCAUGUUUUAGAAUGUUUUAUUUGAUGGCCAGGGGGCUGAUGAUAAUAAGAAUUAAGUCAUUGGCAUUGGAGUGUCUUGGGGGCAGCAAAAUUAAGUAAACACCAACGAUCUAUUUAUCUUUUUGAAUGGUUCUGGAGUAAUAAUAAUAAUAAUAAUAAAUUUUAUUUAUAUCCCGCCCUCCCCAGCCAAAGCCAGGCUCAGGGCGGCUAACAACAAACAAAUAAUCAAACAAUCAAAUAAUCCAACAUUCUAAAACAUUUCAUUAUAAAAAUUAAUUAAAAUCAAAUUAAUGGCAACCGUUAAGCAAAGUUCUGUGCAGGUUGCCAGAGGAGGGAGUCAGGCUGGGCCCUGACCAAAGGCCUGGUGGAACAACUCUGUCUUGCAGGCCUUGCGGAAAGAUGUCAGGUCCCGCAGGGCCCUAGUCUCUUGUGACAGAGCGUUCCACCAGAUUGGAGCCGCAGCCGAGAAAGCCCUGGCUCUAGUUGAGGCCAGCCUAACCUCUCUGAGGCCUGGGACCUUCAGGAUGUUUUUAUUUGCAGACCGUAGGUUCCUCUGUGGGGCAUACCAGGAGAGGCGGUCCCGUAGGUACGAGGGUCCUAGGCCGUAUAGGGCUUUAAAGGUUAAAACCAGCACCUUAAACCUGAUCCUGUACUCCACCGGGAGCCAGUGCAGCUGGUAUAGUACCGGAUGAAUGUGAUCUCGCAGCGAAGACCCCAUAAGGAGUCUCGCUGCGGCAUUCUGCACCCGCUGGAGUUUCUGGGUCAGUCUCAAGGGCAGCCCCACGUAGAGCGAGUUACAAUAAUCCAGUCUGGAGGUGACCGUCGCGUGGAUCACAGUGGCUAGGUCAGGGCGAGAGAGAUAAGGGGCCAACUGCUUAGCUUGGCGGAGAUGAAAAAUGCCGCCUUUGUUAUAGCUGUAAUCUGCGCCUCCAUAGAGAGGGAGGUAUCGAAGAUUACACCCAAACUCUUAACGGACGGUGCUGGCACUAAUUGCACCCCGCAAGAGAUGGGAGUUGCCCCCAAUCCCAUAUCGUCCCGUCCCAGCCAGAGGACCUCUGUCUUCGAAGGAUUUAACUUCAACCGGCUUCCACGUAACCAUCCAGCCACAGCUUCCAAACAUCUGGUCAGUGUGUCUGGGGCCGAGUCAGGAUGGCCAUCCAUCAACAGAUAGAGUUGGGUGUCAUCGGCAUACUGAUGGCAACCCAGCCCAAAACUCCGGAGAAGCUGGGCGAGGGGGGCGCAUAAAGAUGUUAAAGAGCAUCGGGGAGAGUAUCGCACCCUGAGGCACUCCACACACCAAGGAGUGGCGGGAUGACAAUUCCCCCCCAAGCGCCACCCUCUGUCCCCGACCGGAGAGAAACGAGCGCAGCCAUUGAAGGACUGUGCCCUGGAUCCCCACGUCGGCAAUACCGACGUAGUCAUACCUCGGGUUGAAGUAGCUUCGGGAUGAAUAUUUUCGGGUUGCGCUCCGCGGUGACCCGGAAGUAACGGAGCGCGUUUCUUCCGGGUUUCACCGCUCACGCAGACGCUCAAAAUGAUGUCACGCACAUGCAUGGAAGCAGGUUGCGUUCACUUCUGGAUGUGAACAGGGCUCCGGAACGGAUCCUGUUCACAGCCAGAGGUACCACUGUAAAAUGCUUAUCCUAGGCUACAGAUGUGUUAAAAAAAAAAAAAAGGUAAAGGACCCUGGAUGGUUAAGUCCAGUCAAAGGCAACUACAGUGGUACCUCGCAAGACGAAUGCCUUGCAAGACGAAAAACGCGCAAGCCGAAAGAAUUUUUGGUUUUUUGAGUUGCGUCACAAGACGAAUUUCCCAAUGGGCUUGCUUCGCAAGAUGAAACCGUCUUGCAAGUUUGUUUCCUUUUUCUUAAAACAGUUGCGACUUACUUCUCGGAGCAACUCGUGCUUCGCAAGACGAAAAAAAUCGCAAGACGAAAAAACUCGCAGAACGAAUUAAUUUCGUCUUGCGAGGCACCACUGUAUGGGGUUGCAGCACUCAUCUCGCUUUCAGGCUGAGGGAACCAGCGUUUGUCCACAGACAGCUUUCCGGGUAAUGUGGCCAGCAGGACUAAACCACUUCUGGCACAUUGGGACACCGUGAUGGAAACCAGAGUGCAUGGAAAUGCUGUUUACCUUCCUACCUAUUUAUCUACUUGCACUGGUGUGCUUUCGAACUGCUAGGCUGGCAGGAGGUGGGACAGAACAAUGGGAGCUCACCCCAUCACAAAGAUUCGAGCCGGCGACCUUCUGAUCGGCAAGCCCAAGAGGCUCAGUGGUUUAGACCACAGCGCCACCUGUGUCGGACUAGGAAAUCCUGUUGGCUGAGUCAUUGUAACACAGCAGCCCUCCUUAACCCAGCGCCCUCCAGCGCUUUUGGACUACGUGCUAGAUGGGAUUUUUCCCAGGUGGAUUUGGAAUUUGAUAGUAACCCUACCAUGCUAGGUGACGUUCAGCAACACCUGGAGGGAACUGAUAAGCCAUGGUUUGAAGAUGGCUUGUCAAGCAAUCCCUAGUUAACAUUAAACACCAUUUGUCAGAUUUAGGUGAGACAACAAGCUGUGGUUAGAAGCUAGCUUCCAAGUUUUUACAGCUGUGGGGGGGAACAAGGGUGUAGGGACAAGAAGGGUGAAUGGGCCAAGUUAGUACAAGACCUGCUAGCCUCAGAAAACAACAACCCUGACAACAUAUAUUUUUGUAUUCCCUGGAGUUAAAAGACUGCUCAGGGAUUGGAUUUAUAAACAGGAAAACGAGCAAGACUUAUCUUUAAUCCAUAUCUCAAAAUUAUGCUAUUGGUACUAUUUGCUGAAAUCUCACCACACCAGAGCUCAAUACAUCACUCUACAUGGGGCUGCCCUUGAGACUGACCCAGAAACUCCAGCGGGUGCAGAAUGCCGCGGCGAGACUCCUUACGGGGUCUUCGCUGCGGGAUCACAUUCAUCCGGUGCUAUACCAGCUGCACUGGCUCCCGGUGGAGUACAGGAUCAGGUUUAAGGGGCUGGUUUUAACCUUUAAAGCCCUAUAUGGCCUAGGACCCUCGUAUCUAAAGGGCCACCUCUUCUGGUAUGCCCCACGGAGGACUUUAUGGUCUGCUGACAACAACACCUUGAAGAUCCCGGGCCCCAGGGAAAUUAGAUUGGCCUUGACUAGAGCCAGGGCCUUUUCGGCCGUGGCCCCAGCCUGGUGGAAUGCUCUCCCACAAGAGACCAGGGCCCUGCGGGAUUUGACAUCUUUCUGCAGGGCCUGCAAGACGGAGCUGUUCCGCCAGGCCUUUGGGCAGGAUGCAGUUUGACUUACUUUCUUUUGUAUAAAACAAGCCCGAAGGAGGACCCAACCUGCUCACAGGUCCUUGUAUGAUCAGUGGAAACAGUUGGUCCUGGCAAUUAUUAACCACUCUCAAUUCCACCCUGAUAAUUGCCACCUGCCCAGAUUUUGACUUGUCUGAAUUAAUUUUAAGAAGUCUUUUAAUUAAUUGAUGUCUGUUUUUAUGCUUAUUGUGUUGGUUUUAUGGUGUUAGCCGCUCUGAGCCCGGCCUCGGCCAGGAUACAAAUAAAAUUAAUUAUUAAUUAUUAUUAUUAUUAUCAUUAUACUUGCAGUCACUUAACUUCCUCCCUGUGAACUGCAUUUACAUCUCUCCAUUUUCAAACAAGGCCUACAUCAGUCUUAGAUUGGAAGAUAUAGAAAUGUUCCAAGGCAUUUAAUAUUUUGCAUUUGCGGGGUAGGCGAGGUAGAAGAUCUCCCCUAUUAUAUACUUCAUUGUCAGCUCUGUCAAAACCCCAGAAAGAGAUUUUUGGAACAGAUGCUAACACAGCUACAGGGACAGAACCCUGAAGUGAAAAUGUGUUGGCGAUUAUUGGACUGUGAUCUGCUUGUCACAUACAAAACAGCCCUAAUUGCUAUAGCCACUAAGAGUAUUUGUGUUAGCUACACCAAAGACAACGCUGUAGACUGUGCAGGUGAUUCAUUCAUUUGAUUUUUUUGUACAUGGAUGUAUAUCUCUGGAUUUAUUUUAACGAGUUUUAAUUGACUCGCUGGAUCUGUAAUUGAAUGUGUAAGGGCUUUUAAAGGUAAAGGGUAAAGGGACCCCUGACCAUUAGGUCCAGUCAUGACCAACUCUGGGGUUGCGGCGCUUAUCUUGCUUUAUUGGCCGAGGGAGCUGGUGUACAGCUUCCGGGUCAUGUGGCCAGCAUGACUAAGCCGCGAACCAGAGCAGCACACGGAAACGCUGUUUACCUUCCCAACGGAACGGUACCUAUUUAUCUACUUGCACUUUGACGUGCUUUCGAACUGCUAGGUUGGCAGGAGCAGGGACCGAGCAACGGGAGCUCACCCCGUCGCGGGGAUUCGAACUGACGACCUUCUGAUUGGCAAGUCCUAGGCUCUGUGGUUUAACCCACAGUGCCACCCGCAUCCCAUGUAAGGGCUUUUAGUCAAACACAAUAAAUGACUGAUUGAUGAACAACGGUAGGGUGUGUGUGAAGCUGACGCUUGCUAUGGCUCAUUCUCAACAUGCUAAACUAUGAUUUUGCUUGACUGGCCCUAGAAUUAUUCCAGCUUCAUCCUUAGAUAGCUUUGCCUUUUUGACCCUGAUGCUGAUUUAGGAAAUGUUUUGAAAUACGGCACUAUUCCACCUUCUCCUUUUGCAGCUAUAAGGAGUUUUACUUCCUCACCAGUCCUGCUCUGUUUAGGAAGGAUCACUUCCCUGAUGAGGAUGAGUGGCAGCUGCUGAAGCAGAAACUGACACCUGAAGCAGCUUGA